UUCACCUGUCAGCGAACGAGAUGCACGGAAUUAGUAAACUGACUUUGACCUUGGCCUUGGGCACCUUGCUAUUUUACCUGGGAUUCACAACAGCCCAGGAGGGUGCCCUUUUCCGGUGCAAUGUUCAGUACAAGUGCUCGUCGGAAAAAGAGCUGGUCUGGGCCAUGGCCGACGAGCGGUGCUUUGUCUUUCACAACAGGUGUCUGCUGCAGGUGGAGCAGUGCUCCCGCAACAGCAGCGGCAGGACAGAGCUCAUCGAAACUGACAGGGAGACCUGCAAGCCAAGCUGCACAAAAGUUUGCCUUGACACCUACGAUCCAGUUUGUGCCCAAAUCUUCCAGGAAGACUACAUCACCUUCAGCAAUGAGUGUGAAAUGCGUAACUACAUCUGCUUCAAUGAGCGACCUUACUCCUACUAUGCGAUGGGAGAAUGUGUUGAGCAACCAGUUGGCUAAAAAGUGAAGAUCUUUAAACAAUACUAAGAAUU